AUGCUCGCGCCAGCAUUGUGGCAAGACCGACGUGGCCACCACGAGCUCGAGCAGGUGGCGCGGGUCACCAAAGCGCUGCUGGACUUCCAGUGCCUGCGGGGCCUCUCCUCCAGCGCCUUGGAGACCGCGAGAACCGAGAGCGAGACGAGGCGGUCUGACUCGCUGGUAGAUCGUACAGCUGCCACCAAGUUUUUGACCCACACCCAAUCCGGCGCCUCCAUGUCUCCGGAGGAGGAGAGGCGGCGACUGCUGGAACAGGAGGCGGAGUUCUACGGACAGUUCUGGGAGAGCGCCCAGAGCUCUGGAGACUUCUUGGACGUCUUCGAUGCAGAUCCCCGGGACCUGCCGCCGGGGCACUUUGUGGAGACCUUGCCCUUGGCCAAGGAGGGUCCCGAGCUCAACAUGGCCCUCCAGGCGCUUGGCCUACUGGCGGAGUGCGGCAAGGCAGUGCGCGACUUCUGGCAGACCUCGGGGAUGACGCUGCAGCAGUUCAGGAAGAUGGCGAUGACGCCUGGGGCGCGGAUGCUGGGCGAAGGGCCGGGCAGGAAGCAGAUGCCCACAAACCUCAAGUCCAGGCAGAAGGUCUCCGACUUUAGGUCCGGCGGUGCCAAG